UCAUGUCAAAAUGAUUGUUGUUGAAGACUCAUGUAUUAUGUUUAAUAGUACGUUUCGUACACAGGCUUUGGAUAUCAUUCAUCGUUCACCAAGCAGAUCACAAAGGGUUUUUAUGACCACAGCCACAACUUUCACUCUUGCUGACAUAAAACGAAUAUUAACACCGAAUGCCAAUAUCGUCCUAACUGAUGUGCACAUGAGUGCAGGAUUAGAACUAUUUUAUACACUGGUAGAGAAGGAAGAGUUGAAACUAAACUCACUUUGCGAACUUUACAAAGCAUCAGAUAUGGGGAAGUCAAUUAUCUUUUGUGAUAACGGAGAAAGAGUCUAUUGGUUGACUGAUAAAUUAUCCACAUUGUUUGAAAAUAUUGAUGUGUUCUCAUUGCAUUCUAUGACGAACCAAUCUGAACGGCAUGAGAUUGUUAAAACAUUUUGGCAAUCAUCAAAUCCUGCAAUUAUUGUCACGACGGAUAGCUUUGCAGCGGUGCUUUCAUUUAAACCAGUCAAAUAUAGCAUUCAUUUUGAUUUACCAUACAAAAAAGAAGAUUAUCAUGAUCGAAUUUGCUGUUGUGGUGGAUAUGGUUCUUCAGGUACCGUUAUUAAUAUAUUAACGCGAAACCAAUUAUAUGAUCUUGGACUUCUUGAGCGCUAUUUCCGAAUACAAAGCAAAGAACUUCCGGUAUCUAUCAAUCAUGACUUUCGC